AUGGCGUGGACCCUCCACCCGGCGCUCUUCUACGAGAAGUACGGCACGGUGCUCGUCCAGCUAUGGGAAUCGGGCGCGUUCGGCACCAUGUUCCGGCCUGUGCGGAGGCUGUCCAAGGGCAUCGGCGACAGGAUCACGUCUCUGCGGCUUCAACGCUCCGUGGCAGCGCCGCCCAAGCCGAUAGCAGAGGCCGAAGCCGAGGUGCUGACCCUGACGGACGAUAGCGUCGCCACGGAUGACGAGGCCCUGUCGAGGGUAAACCGCGAGCCGGGUGACACGUCGCCCGAGCCCAGCACGUCGCAGCAGAACGAGCUGGCCUUCCAGGGUGACAUAUACACGCAGAUGCGGCGCAGUCGCAGGCAGCGCGAACGAAUCCAGAAGAUCCGCGAGACUCGAGAGAAGUUUCUGGAAGCUGGCAGCUCAGGCAGCGGCAGCAAGUUCGGCAGGAAACGACGCGGCUUCCAUGCUCGCAGGGACUCCAUCAUGGCCUUCAAGAAGGACAAGGGAUUGAGGAAGGCGACCGGUGGCGGUACGCCGCUGACGGACAUGGAGGGUGCCGAUCCCGUACGAGCCGUCGUCAUAGACGUCUCCACCGGGUCUCCUGCCUCCGCAGGGAGCUCGGAAGACGAGGACGACGCGGCUGGGACAGCCGGGAAGCGCGGCGCCCGAAUCAAGCCCGAAGAGCUGCUCGAGGAGAACGACAGCCCGCAGACGUUGAGGGACGUCUGCAGUCCCCGCAAGAAAGGUCACGCGUCACCGCCGCCGAAUAUGCGCGAGCCUUCCGAGUCGCAGACGACCGAUACCGCGUCUCUCGCCAGCACUGCGGCGACGGAUCAAGCAGCAGUCGGCAAGACGCCACCGCCCAAGAAGCUGGCAGAACCGUUCGCGGCCGCGAAAUCGCCGAGGAAAUCUGCUCUCCGCAAACGCAAGGUGUCCAGGAGAGCGUCCGCGGUGUCGUCGGGCAGCGCUGGCGAGCAAGCGACGAAGACAGCGCCAGAAAAGCCUCCGUCUAUCGCGACGACGGACUCGUCGUCCGCGGUUGUUGGUAAAGCGUGCCAGCCGCAAGCGGACUUCUCUUCGGCAACAAGCUUAUUGUCGACCAAGGAGCCCAUCGCCAGCGACAAAGGCCAUGCGCCUACGAGCCCGGCCGAUAGCGUCGCGAAGAAAGACAAGGCUAAGCGGCUAAAGUCGAAGGUCAGAAGCCACAAGAAGAAAGCGAAGGGCAAGUCGGCGAAAACCGCGCACGGCCUGGGAGAAAGAUCGCCUUCUACUUUGGAGGAAUUGUACACGGGUGGCGAUGUGGAUUCAGGUGCGGUGAGCAAAGAUAAGCCGCGUCGGAAGCACGAAAAAGCCGGGAUCCCUUCGCAGGAGGAGGCGCGCUCCUGUGUUGCAGGACGUCCAAUCGCCAACAAGGAGUAUUCACUUUCCACAGGCGCCAUGGCGCCGUCACCGGCUGCUGAAGCUACGCGAAGCGAUACAAGCGCGCUGAGACAGUCAUCUCUUGGCGGAGGCAGUCAUCUCGACGCGAAAAUUACCAAACAGGACAGCACUGUCACGCCAAAGACCUCACUGCCACAUAGUUUGAGGAAGCGGACAGCUGGCAAAGGGGAAGAACGUGUCGCCGAAGCCAAGCCGUCCGCAAAGACCCCGGUGGACGCUGCGCUAAGUAGCGAGGCUACACCCGUGGCGACAAGUCAGGAAGGGGCCGGCGUGCAUAAAAGGCGCACCAAGAAGCACAGGAACCCCAAGUCGCCGGCCGCUGUCGUCGAGACCUCGUCCGGCGCGGCCACGUCGGCCAGAGACGCCGAACCGGGGAGAUUCGGCGCGGUAACCCCACGCCCAGCGUCUCCCGACAGCGCCGAGAGGGUCUUCGACGAAGCCGUGGCCGUACGUCAUCAUCGUCGACGGAGCCACGGCAGGUCGAAGAAGCACGCCAAGGAGGACGGCCGCAGGCGGCAUUCCAGAAAGGCAAAGGAAGACCGCCCCGCGGAAUCGACCUCGCCGACAACCGGCGGCCAACUUCCGUCGGCGACAAUCGCGAACGCGACCGCUGACGUCGGCGACUGCCCAUCCAGUGUCGAGGACUCUGCGGCGGCGACGGCACGCGAGGAAGUCGUAGCCGAUGUGGCGUCGAGUGCGGUGUCUGCGCCGUCGCCGCGAAGCGGCGUUAUGACGCCCACUGCAGACGUAACACUGUCGGGAACCGACGCGAUGUUCUCGCUGGACGGCGAUAGAAGUCCCCCCAUUGCUACUACGGCCGUCAAGGGCGACGACGUCACCGUCCACGUGGACAUGACCGCUCACGACAGGGCGGCCAUGUUCUGGCCGUUUGGCCGCAGAGGCCACAAGAAGAAAGAAGUGAAGCGACCGUGA